AUGAAACCAAGAUCAAAGGUUUGGAAGCAUUUCACCAAAUUUGUGAAUGAGAGAGGUGAAACUAGAGGUAAGUGCAACUAUUGUGAAAAAGAUCUUGCAUGUGAUUCAAAAGCUAAUGGAAUCACUGCACUUAACAACCAUUUGAAUGCUUGUAAAUUGAAGCCCCCUCCUGAAGAACUUGCGCAAUCUCACUUGAACUUUAAUGUAGAUGAAAAAAUGGGUCUUACUAAUUGGAAAUUUGAUCAAGAUGCUACUAGGAAAGCCUUAUCAUGCAUGAUAAUUAUUGAUGAAUUACCUUUCAAGUUUGUUGAUGGGGAUGGGUUUAGGCAAUUUAUGGCAAUUGCUCAACCUAGGUUUAAAAUUCCAUCAAGAUGGACUGUUGCGCCUGAUUGUUUUGGGAUUUACAUUGAUGAAAAAGUCAAAAUUUAA